AUGUGGCGCGCUACCAACGGAGAUGUGGUUGCGUUCGAUCGCCACUGGAUCGCCCCCUGUCUUAAUAGAUCAGUUGAUCGAUGGCUGCAACUGAAUAGCUCUACUUUUGACAAGGCUAGAAUCAUGGCUGUCAAAAGCGAGUUGGGCUCCACCUGGUUGAGAGCGCUACCCAACACCUCCUGCGGCACUAGAUUGGAUGACUCUUGUGUUCGCGUGAGCCUGGAUUUGAGACUCGAAGCCCAGAUCGUCACCGAAUACGAAUGUGCAUGUGGGGCAAGGCCUGCUAUUAUAAUCCGCCCUUACAAUACCCCACAUGUCUCUGAGCCAAAAUUCAAAAGACAAUUGCUCACUCGAUGUCUUAUCUGUUAUAAACAUUUCUGUUCACGCCCUGACGGAACCCUUGUAAUACAUGGAGGCAAAACCAAAUGCUCGGAAUUAGCCGGCUCUCUUAUGAAACCUCUUGCUGCGAAUAAAAGGAAAUUAUUGGGUAAUCAUUUGGUAAAUGUGUUGGCCAAGAUUGCUGUCUCGCCAUCGGGACCCAAAGUCAAUUUAGCGGAUAAUUUUUUCAGGAAAUCUGCUAACUUUAAGCUAUACGACCACAUCCCAAAACAUACUAGAUUAAAAUUUGGUCAGUUGUUAUGUAAACAGCUCAAAGAAAUUUGGGAAAAACCAAAUCUACAAAUAGUUUGGUUUAGGCUGUUAUUUCUGCCAGUCAUAAUUUUGAGGAAAAGCCUACGUGGCGGCAAACGCCAUAGUCCGGUGACGAUUGUUAACCAAAAAAUUGAUGAGUUCUUCAACUGCCCGGUAGAAAAAAUGGCGGAAUAUUUGGAGCCAAUUAUUAAUAUUGGGAAAGUAAAAUCGUCCAAGUCAAAAGCUUCAAGUCCUCCUAAAAAAAGACUCGGGUGUUUCGGUUACAUCUUAACAAAUUUUUGCAUGCUUGAGAUGCUUGAGGUCGUUUCUAAAAGGCACUUCGGGUGGCAGAGACGGCCUAACCCCCAAACAUUUGAAAGAUGUGAUUUUUUCAAAAAACGAUUUAUGAUUCUCUGGAUCUCAUCAAUGGCAUUACCGCCUUCAUUAAUUUGCCUUUAA